UUAAGGGUUAAAGUAUAGUACCAUGCCCCAAAUAUCAUUCAAUUCAAGGUCUAACUAUAAUUUUCUUACUCAAAGUAUGUCAUACUUUUGAUUUUACUCAAUCAAUGUAUGGUAGAACCAUUCAUAUGAAUAUAUAUAUAUAUAUAUAUAUAUAUAUAUAUGAUAAGUUCAUCUCCAACAGAGAGUCGAAGUGAUAAAUUUUUUUUUAAGGAAGGGUCUCCAAGGCAAGUGCCAAAAUGUCAAAAAUCAAAAUUUUGGACCCAAAUUUGGUUGCGAAAAAGACACGAGUGCUAAAAUUUUGGCCCCCCUCUUUCCCUUUACGGCGGACGCGCCACUGAGGGACGGUGGGACCACACGCGAGAAGGGGCGCCCCUACCGUGCAUGCGGAUGGUCAUCCUCCAGAUGAAGCAUUAUUAUUAUCUCAUAAAUACCAAAACCCAAUUAAUAGUCUAUUACAAAGCCUAAUUAAAUCCCAUCUUGUUAGUCUAUUGCAUAGCCAAAUAAUCUUCAUGAGAUCUAUUAAUCCACCUACAAUCAGUACAUGCUCCAAUCACCAUUGAGCGAAUGAUGAUGGUCUGGCAAUCCCUUUCAUUUCGGAUGUGAGAAGGUGCUGCUUAUCGUUGUGCAUCUGACAUGUGUGGGAGGUUUGCACUACUUCUAUUGUGCCAGUUUUGAGUGCAGGCCAGUAGUAUCCCUAAAGCAUGUUGGUUCACUCCAUCCCUCUUGGUCCUAUGUGCAUAGGACUUGUUCCCUGGUGGAUUUUUUGCAUUGCUCACUUAGCCUCUUCCCAUCCCGAACACUUCAGAUAUAGGCUCGAGAAGGCUUCUUUGAAUAGUUCUCAUUUUACUAUUGAAUAUUGUGUUGCCAUGCGUGUUAAUACAAUGGCUUUCUUGGGAUCUUCGGGCAUGGCAUCGUUGUUUAGGAAUUUGGUUAUAGAAGUUCUCCAAUAUUCUCAUUUUUGUGCCAACUCCAUGACUUCACUUGUCUCUGUCUACUCCAUCAUGAUUGUGACAUGUCGUUCGUCCUCGAAGUCAAUAACGGUGGCCAAUUUGGAAAAGGCGCGUGCAUGGUGGUUCUCUUCCCACCUUUCAUGCACAUGUUCCAAUUAUCUAGUCAUGCUAGGAUAUCGACGAGUGGGUUCUUCCUUGGCUUCAAAGUUUUCCUUCUCUUGGUUCACCACCAAUGAAUAUGAGAAUAUUAAGACCUUUCUCGCUCCCAUAUUAAUGACCACUCUUAAUCCAUUCAGAAGGGAUUCUUCAUUGUAUUCAGGCUACUAAAAUGUAUGGAAAUUUCAUGGAUGACCCCCUCUGGUGUUCCAAUGACAAUUCCUGCCCCUGCUCGCUUACAACUGCCCCAUCCACGAACAUUUUCCUUGAAUGGUCUUUCGCCAUGCAUCUUCUUCAAGGACGAAACCUUCAGCUAUGAAAUUUGCCAAGACCUAUUUGGGGUUGGCCUCCAAAUCUGAAAUAAAGCCUCUCCUCAUAUUAAGUUUCUAAGGGUGGCGAUGAUCAAAUUAUUAGUAUGUAUAACUUCCCAUAUUUGAUACAUUUCCUCUUGUGUCAAUGCAGCUUUAGAAACUUUGAUAUAUUGUAUAUGGAUUUCAUAACUAUUUGAUCAUUGAGCUUAUUGAAGACCUAAUUGUGCUUUAGUAUCUGGUAUUAUUUUGUGCUUCUCAAGGUAAAAUGAAAUCUAGGAUUAUUUGGAUCACUUAUUGGAUCAAGCUGGAGGAUCAAAUGGGAAAUACAUGAAGAUCAAGGAGGAAUUCAGAUAUUAAGCUAGGUUCAAUCGAGCCCUAACCUCUCAAGUCUUCAUAUGCACCCAAGAGGUGUCCAAUGGAGAAGCUUUAGCCCAAACGGAGGAAAGAACCCACAACACCUCCAACUGCCGUCAGCCCAUACUUCGCAAGUCGGGUGCAAAUUUGAUAAAGAGUUUACUUGUGGGCCAAGCAACCUAAAGGAGGAAGAAAACCCGUGGCGGUUCUACCUAUCGUUGACCCAAGCCCAUUAGAAGCUUUUGGAAACUUUUUACUUCGUCCCUAAGCCAAGGAAUUUGAGUUGAAGUAGUGCUUAUAGCCUAAUCUUAGGAUUAGAAAGCCUAACCACCCCCCCCCCCCCUCCCCUGCACUUAUAAAUAGAUGCUUAGCUUAGAGCUCAUGGUAGGCCUGACAAGCCCCAAACACUUUCUACAAAAUUACUUUGUUGAGAUUCUAUUGGAGCCUGCGAAUUGGAGAUGCCUUUAUCGAGCCAAGUGGAUAUGCCUUCAUCAUUGAUGGUGCCAUCUAUUCCUUCUAUGGCCAGCUAAGUCUCUUAUUGUGUAGGGAUAUCAAUUCUAUGAUGAAUUAUGCAUCACUUUCAAUGGUUUACUAAGAUGCUUUAGUUGUCCAAUGCUUUUAUCUUCUAUUAUAUGUUACCUUUGCUUUGAUUAUAACACCAUCAUAGGUUGCCUAGGAAACUCUUCCUAUAUGAUACACUUUUACCUUAUGCUUGUAUAGAUAGAAUGUGCGUCCUCUCAUGUAUGUAUGAGAUAGAUGCUUGAUACAUUAGAUCACAAAGCUUAGCACCAAUGAUAUGGUUCAUAGAGACCCUAAAUAGCAACGUGUUAUCCUUACUUCCUUAAGGAAGGGGAGCAUGGUAAAUCAUACAAAGGCAUAUUACAAGAAGUACUUUAAAGAACAGAUGGGUACCCGAUCACUCUUCGAGUAGUUGAUCACAUUGUAGAGUGUGGUCAAAUUUACUUGGUCCAAGAUCAUGAUUGUACUUCCCGAGGGUCUCUCACAACCACUUACUCAGGUAGUGAGGGACGAGUUCUAUGGUUUAGAAAGAGCAACUGUGGAGGUUGAAGUGCCUCUGGGGUUGAAGUUUCCCAUAGUUUUACAAAAUCCAAAGUAAAAAUCAACGUGGAAAUUAAAACUAUACUAUUGGCUGGUGAACGAAGCAGAAGGAUGAGGCGUUGCACAUGCAAGCUUCCUCGAGAGUUCCAUAGACUCAUACGUCGAUUCUAGCAACAUAUGAGCUGCUUGAUCUUUGUUAGGUUUACUCCUACCAUAUGUUGGACAAAUUUAAGGUCUACUAGGCAACGAUAUGGACCCUACAGAUUUCUCCCGUGAGUAAGUCGAUGCAGUGUGAUCGAUUGAGGAUCAAUCUUGAGAGGAACGCUGUGUCCAGUCUAAUCCUACCCACAAAGUUUGGUUUGUGGAUAUUAACUUUGAAGUCAAUCCUCGUGUUAGAAAUGAACCAAACAUAAGAACAAAGCACAGAGAAUAAGAAUCAAAUCAUAUAUAUAUAUAUAUAUAUAUAUAUAUAUAUAUAUAUAUAUAUAUAUAUAUAUGCCAAAAUGAAUCGUUACAAAGUUUAGAACCUCUAGGGUUCGCCGACCUACGAAACUAAGGGAACUAGCCAGCCAUGGGGAUGAGAUCCAAAGGGUACAUCAUUUGAAAAGUGAUCCCCCAAGGAGGUCUCCAAAUCGACAAGAACACAGAUUUGAGGACUAGGCCGCCGAUCCUAGCACCGAUCUAGGCCUCUAAUACCUCAUAUCACUCGCUAGUGAACUCCUCCCUAGAAGUCUAUUUAUAAAUUUUCUAUCAAGGUUUUAUGGAGAGAGGAUGGUCAUUUAGCGUGUCUUUCGAGUCCCAGUCAGCUUCCCCCAGAUUGGUCCCAUGAAAAGCAUAUUCUUGAAGGAUUUGGGAGAUUUCUGGAUAAGCCCCAAGACGGAGGUUUGAGCUCUAUUUUGGACAUUAGGCUUCUAAAUCCAGUGCCAUUUUUAGUCCCCUCUUUAAUCCCUAUUAUGAGUCCUUAGUAAAUCUGGUGCCAUUUUCGAGUGUAGAUGUCCCUCAACAUGUGCAAAGUGGUCCACUAGGAUGCUAUGCCCUGAAAAACACACGAAACACUACCAAGAGUGCAUCAAAUUUGUAAAAGCAAGCCUACCGCUACUAAAACACACGUUGUGUGAGUAUGUAGCAAACUCAAUAUAUUAUGACGAUAAAUGUGUGAAAAUUAUGAGGUUCUUAUCAUAAUAUGGGGUCUAAAAGGGUAAUUUCUAUGUGCACCUAUACACUCAACCGACAGGAUAAGAUCUCGUGUUUGGAAGCAUCUAGUCUAAUGGUGCAAGACGCAAGGCAUUUCUCAAGAGAAGAUGAUGAAGACCCUAUGUUACACAUUAGGGAUUUCCUUGAUGUUUUCACCCGGAGAAGAAGACAAAGUACACUCAUGAAUCUUUGCUUUUCCAUUUAUUGGGAAAGAAAGAGAUUGGCUCGAUGGUCAACCAACAAGCAUGUUUAGAACGUGGGAAGCUUUGUCACAUGCCUUUUCAGAAGAGUACUAUCCACAAUGGAGGACGGGCGAGCCCAAUUUUGUUGGAUUCUACCAGAAGGAAGGAGAGCUAUUCUACAAGACGUUGGAUCGAUUCAAUGGCUUACUACUCAAUUUCCCUCACCAUGUGUACAAAAAGGAGCAACUCACAGAGACUCUAUACAAAGGAUUGAAUGGCCAAUGGUCCUACACAUCAACCGAUUGAUAGGAGGAAACAUACUUAACAUAGUGCAACUAAAACAAUGAAGAUAUAUGAGACACUAGUGUGUGGCACCAAUAACCUUACAAUAGGGAGAUCACCUCAAUGCAAUGCACAUAAUUCAAGAUCCCAUAUAAGCAUUGGUAAGGUGAGUAGCUACCUUGGAAGCAUAGCUUGCAAAGAGAGAUAAAGAGAAGAAUCAAGUAGAAGAAGUAUAUAGACAAAUACUCUCAAUAAGCAAUCCAACCCUUCAAAGCUAUUGGAAGAGAAGUGUGGACUUGACAUAAAUAUGGUGGAGAUGCGGAUAGCAUUCAAUAGAAACGAAGGAAGAACCCAAAAGAAUGAAGUGCGCAUUCUUAAUCUUAUCAACCAGGUUGAAGCUAGCCAGUCAUAGAUUAAUCCAAGAUUUUCUUAAAUUUUGAAGAUCUGAUAACACUCUAUAUAUAGUGUUUAUCACACCCAUAUUUGAUACAUUUCCCCCUUAUAUCAAUGCAUUAUUUAGUAGAUGUCAUUACAUUUCAUAUAAAUAUCAUAACUAUGUGAAUUAUGUGCUUAAGAUAGACCUUAAGUGUGUUUUGUACUAUUUUACGCCUUUUGGUAUUGUUUUGUGCUUUUCAAGGAUAUAAUCACUUAAGAUGAAUAUGGAUAAUCAAUGGAUCAGAAGUAGGACGAGAUAACAAGCAUUUGGGCUCAAUUGGAGAUGGAUUUGGAUAUCAGAUGCUCAUUUUAUGGGCUAGACAAGCUAACUCGGUAUUGUAGUAGGCUUAUCAUUGAUUGAGGUCAAACAAGUUCAGUCAACACCAACUGCGUUAUUUAAAUUGCAUGAAAAAGGUUAUUUGGCACACAAGAAACCCAACCCAUGAAGAAAAUAGGCAACGGUGGGUACCUCCAUUGGGCCGUGAUGGGUCCAAAUCCUAGAAGAUUCUAGAAGCUUCUACUUUAUCCCCAAGUAAAAGGAAUCGGAGCUCAAGUCACACAAUGAAGGUUUUAGGCCGACUUAGAGGAGAAAAGACUAGAAAACCCCUUCCUGUAACUAGUAUAAAUAGGGGCUUAGGUUAGAGGUUUUAGACACAAUUUUACAUACACAAACACUCUUCCCUAGGGCACUAGUUGGUGAGGUAUAUAGACGAGGCAAAGUAUUGGAGUUUGACGAGGAGGUCUUCACCAUUGAUGUUCUUCAUUAUUGGUGUUGUCUUUCUAUUCUCCUAUGUCCAGCUAGCUCAAAGUUGUUUAUGGAUACAAUUCUAUGUUAUUAAUGUAUUUUCCAUUUUUCAACGAAUUGCUAUUUCUAUUCUAUGCAUAUGAUUCUAUUAUUGUUUACUAUAUACAUUCUUCAUAGUAUCAUAUAGGAUGUUAGGAAACUAAUUUCUUAUGAUAUCCCAUUGACCUAUGCGAGUAUGAAGGGCCGGUACACCCCUUCAUGCAAGUAUAGGAUAUCAUAGUAAACUAGUUGGUGCCCGGCCCGUUGGCCGGAAUGUUAUAUUAUUAUAUAUGGGGAUUGAAUAGAAAUGGAAAUGGAAAGUGAUAGACGAAAUUUCAUAGCAGGUAGUGAGGAUAAAGUUUUCAUCAAUUUUCUCAUUUUCUAAUUGUGACAAACAAAUAACAAUCCAUUAAUCAAAACUAACCGUUUUA